GGACAAAUGGUAUAAAUAUUAGCUCAUUACAAUCCAGCAGCCACUCGCAGUUCUACAGCGAAAGUGUUGCUAUUUAAUUUACAGUUCUUCUUUCUUACCAAAACGUUAACACAGACCAGACGCCAAGAUGUGUGAUGAUGAAGUUGCCGCAUUGGUUGUGGACAAUGGUUCCGGUAUGUGCAAGGCUGGCUUUGCCGGCGAUGAUGCGCCCCGCGCUGUCUUCCCCUCGAUUGUGGGUCGUCCACGCCAUCAGGGCGUAAUGGUCGGUAUGGGCCAGAAGGACUCUUAUGUGGGCGAUGAGGCACAGUCCAAGAGAGGUAUCCUCACCCUGAAAUACCCCAUUGAGCAUGGCAUCAUCACCAACUGGGAUGACAUGGAGAAGAUCUGGCAUCACACUUUCUACAAUGAAUUGCGUGUCGCACCCGAGGAGCACCCAGUGCUGCUCACCGAAGCGCCACUGAACCCCAAGGCCAAUCGUGAGAAGAUGACGCAGAUCAUGUUUGAGACAUUCAACGCACCAGCCAUGUAUGUGGCCAUCCAGGCUGUUCUCUCCCUAUAUGCGUCCGGUCGUACCACUGGUAUCGUAUUGGACUCUGGCGAUGGCGUCUCCCACACUGUGCCCAUUUAUGAAGGUUAUGCCCUGCCCCAUGCCAUCCUGCGUCUGGAUUUGGCUGGUCGCGAUUUGACCGAUUAUUUGAUGAAGAUCUUGACCGAGCGUGGCUACUCAUUCACCACCACCGCUGAGCGUGAAAUUGUGCGCGACAUCAAGGAGAAGUUGUGCUAUGUUGCCCUGGACUUUGAGCAGGAAAUGGCCACAGCUGCUGCUUCGACCUCGUUGGAGAAGUCUUAUGAACUUCCCGACGGUCAGGUGAUUACCAUUGGUAACGAACGUUUCCGCUGCCCCGAGUCCCUCUUCCAGCCUUCAUUCUUGGGCAUGGAAUCGUGCGGCAUCCACGAGACUGUGUAUAACUCGAUCAUGAAGUGCGAUGUGGAUAUCCGUAAGGAUCUGUAUGCCAACAUUGUUAUGUCCGGUGGCACCACCAUGUAUCCCGGUAUUGCCGAUCGUAUGCAAAAGGAAAUCACCGCCCUGGCGCCAUCCACUAUCAAGAUUAAGAUCAUUGCACCACCAGAGCGUAAAUAUUCCGUCUGGAUCGGUGGCUCCAUUCUGGCCUCCCUCUCCACCUUCCAGCAGAUGUGGAUCUCCAAGCAGGAAUACGAUGAAUCCGGCCCCGGCAUUGUGCACCGCAAGUGCUUCUAAGCAAUGGCACAACAAAUCCACACACACAAGCACACACAACACGCACAUGCACAUGCACACGUACACAACAAAACAAAUGGCGUCGCUUCCGUGGUGGCGCCUAAAGAUUAAUGAUUAAUGAUGAAUAAUUUUAAGUUGAACCUCUUGCUGCCCGGCCAAAACCAAUACCAUAUAUGACAAUCAAUCAGACAGCAAUGAAAUGUAUUAUAUUUAUAUUAAUAUUUAUUGGAAGUGUCGCAGAUGACGAACGGAGAAAUUGAGAUAAAAGAACCAUACGAAAUUUACAGUUUUACAAAUAAAUAAAUAGCAUCCAUUUUAAAUUAGA